AUGCGUACAUUUGAAGAUUAUGACGACAGUUUGCGUAAUCCAGACACUAUUUUGCAUUCGUUACCGCCAUAUAAUUACUUAAAUUUCAUUCAAGAAUAUCCUACAAUAUGUAUCGUGAUAACAGCGUUGUGUGCUAUUGCAGUUUCGAUGUAUUUCUGGAGAUUGUUCCGGCUGCGGCGGGAAGUACAUCUUGGUCUACAAUUCAGAAUUCUGAAAAGUAUCUUUUUGCUGACAGUAAGAGAUAAAGUGCUUGGCAAGAAUGCCAUCGCAAGGAAAUGGAAUUCCUAAAAUUUUGACAACAUGUUAUUUAAUGGUCGGUUCAGCUCUUCAAUUCUGAGCAAGGUACAGCAGGAAAUUACGAACAAAAAUACAAAGGCAGCGCUGAAACCAAGCAAAGAAUCCUUCAAAUCUGGAACGUCCAAGAAUUCUCAUAACAUUGAUUCGAAUCAAGCAGUUACCUCGUUUAACGAAUUAUAUGGAAAGCUAGCAACAGCAAAUUUACGAGUCAAAGCUAAGAAAUUGGAGAAAGCAAUGACUGAGGAAGAGCGAAAAGAGGAACAGUUAAUACAACAAAAGCAGUUAGAGUCAAUAUGCGAAAUGAUCAUGCAAGAGCCAGAAAAGUUUGGUUUGCAUGAUAAAUCAGAAAUCACGGAGCAGAUGAAAUUAUAUUCAAUUUGA